CAUGGGGAGCUGCUGCCGCCGUCUCCGCGAGCACAACUUUGUCGGCAGCGGGGCUCCGACCUCUCCCCGCGGAGGCGCGGGGCUUAGCAGCUAAGGCGGAGGGGGAUGGCCGACCCGCUGAGGAGGACGCUGUCCAGGCUCCGGGGAAAGCGGGGUCCCCGUGGCGCCGGGGGGCUCGGGCUCCUGGCGGCUGCUGCAGCCAGGGUGGCGGCCUCCUCGGCUGCGGAAGGGGACGCCUGGGGUGCCCGGGGCUCGCUCCCACGCGAGCCUGUAGGCGGAGCGGGGCCGCGCCUAGACCAGCUCCCGCCGUCGCCUGAGGCGCGGGUCCCCGGAGGGCGCCCGGAGCAGUCGGGGGCGCCCGGGCCUCGGCCGCACGGCGGGCAGGAGGCAGCCACCCGGGGCCGAGGGCUCGCUCGCGCCUCUCUGCACGCCCCGCCGGGCUCCGAGGGCAGCGGAGAGGAGGCGGAGGACGAGGACGACUACGAUGCCGACUACUACGAGAACCUGCCCGGCGGCUCCCAGCCCGCGCCCGAGCCCGAGCCUGAAGGGUCGGAGGCGGAGCGACGGCCCCCGCCUCCCCUGGCGGCGGGCUCCUCCCCGGGGGCGGAGGGCGGCCGCCUGGAGACCGGCAGGCUGCAGACCCAGUUGCGAGAGGCCUAUUAUCUGCUGAUCCAGGCCAUGCACGACCUGCCCCCGGGCUCGGGCACGCGGCGGGGCGGCGGGGACUUGGCGGGUCGCGGCUGCCCCGCGGGAGCCCGGGCUCCGGGCCAGCCCCCUUCCCCCCGCAGCGCUGCGGACUGCGGAGCUUGCGCCGGAGACUGGGAGCUGGGAGAAGGCGGCUGCCCUCGGCAGCAGGUGUCCCCGCCCCGGCCGCCUCCGAGGGACCCGGGGGGAGACCAGCUGCGCACUCCUCGGAUGCUGCUGUCCCGCUGCAGAAGCCUCGAGAGCCUGCGGGUGCGUGCGAAGCCGCCUCCCUUCCAGCGGUGGCCGAGCGACAGCUGGAUCAGGUGCGGCGCACGCUGGGACCGGGACGAGCCCCCGCCACGUGGAGACAGGAUGGACGGCUGGAGCGGGGGCAGCGCCGGGGCCGGGGCGCCCACCGGCCUCCUGCCGCCCGGCUCCGAGGGCCCCGGCCGCUCCCCGGGAAACCCUCUGAGGGAUCCUGCGGGGUCCUCGGUGAUGCGCCACGGCACGGGAGAGCGCCAGGAGGGGCCCCCUUUCCUCAAGCCGCCCGCAGUGACAGUGAAGAAACUGCAGAAGUGGAUGUACAAAGGGCGCCUGCUGUCCCUGGGGAUGAAGGGUCGCGCCCGUGGGACACCCUCCAAAGGCACGGGAGCGCAGGCAGCCGCCCCAAAUCGGGGCGCUUUGAAAGUGCGAGAGAGCCACGUCCUCUCGGUGCCUCCAGACCAAAGAAUAACGCUGACAGAUUUAUUUGAAAAUGUCUAUGGAUCUUCAGUGAAGAGAAGAGAACUUGAAGAUCUGAAGGAUAAUAUUGAAUUCAGAGGUCAUAAGCCACUUAACAGCAUCACUGUUUCAAAGAAACGCAAUUGGCUAUAUCAGAGUACUCUGCGAUCUCUUAAUCUGGAAGAAGAAAAUAAGAAAUGCCAAGAGAGAAGUCAUUUACCCAUCUCGCCUGUGACUCUACCAAAACAUCAGAUGUCACAACCUUUCCUCAAAACAUCUGAAGAAUACUGUACAUAUAUGGUGUGUAAUACUACAGAUUCUUCAUUAUCAAAAAACUGUUCUUUAGACUUUAAUGAGGAGAAUGAUGCAGAUGAUGAAGGAGAAAUAUGGUACAACCCCAUUCCGGAGGACGAUGACCUUGGUGUAUCAGGUGCCUUGAGUUUUGGGGAGGCAAAGUCUGCUGUUCUGAAGCUUCCUGCUGUCAGUUUGAGCGUAUUUUCUGGUAGUGCCCUGGUGAAAGCAGAGCAGCAUACCGAAGACUUGCCUUGCUCCUCUGAACAUUCAGGUGAUGUUCAGACCAUGCAGUCAAAUGAAUUGCAUCCUGUAGAUUCCAUCCAUCCCACAGAAUUUGGACAGCAGUACAAGCCAAAGCUAGGACACAAGACACAAGAAAGUGUCAUGUUAGAGGACAGUCCUAUAUCAAAAUCUCCCUUUGCAGGUCCUGGGAUCCUAACUGCUCCAAAUAGGACUGAAUUGGGAAUUAUGGAACCAUCUUCUCCAAGCCCUAGCCCUGUGAAAAAAGGAAGUUCAAUUAAUUGGUCUUUGCCAGAUAAAAUAAAAUCUCCACGGACUGUGAGGAAACUUUCUAUGAAAAUGAAAAAGUUGCCAGAAUUUAGCCGAAAGCUGAGUGUUAAGGGAACCUUGAAUUAUUUAAAUGGUCCAGAAAAUAGUCCUUCCUUGUCUAAAUGUAACUGUCAAGAAAUUCAUCAUACUGUUAUUCUUCCUUCUGGGAAUACAACCACAGCUGCAAAGAGGAAUGUUAUAAGCCGGUACCAUCUUGAUACCAGUGUGUCUUCUCAGCACAGCUACCAAAAGAAAAGAUCUGUGAGUUCUAAAUACUCCUGCAAAGGUGGUUACCUCAGUGAUGGAGAUUCACCUGAACUUGUAACCAAAUCUAGCAAACACGGCUCUGAAAACAAACUUGGAAAAGGAAAAGAAAUAGUUCCAAAUACUUGUAGCAAAAAUGACAUAGACAUCGAUGCUUUUAGACAUUAUAGCUUUUCUGAUCAACCUAAGUGUUCACAAUAUAUAUCUGGGCUCAUGAGCGUGCAUUUCUAUGGUGCAGAGGAUUUAAAACCACCCCGGAUAGAUUCGAAAGAUGUCUUCUGUGCAAUUCAGGUCGAUUCGGUGAACAAAGCAAGGACAGCUUUGCUCACAUGUCGAACAACAUUUUUAGACAUGGAUCAUACUUUCAACAUAGAAAUUGAAAAUGCACAGCAUCUGAAACUCGUAGUAUUUAGUUGGGAACCUACUCCAAGAAGAAACCGAGUGUGUUGUCACGGAACUGUUGUCCUUCCUACCUUAUUCAGAGUGACAAAGACACAUCAAUUGGCUGUUAAACUAGAACCUAGAGGUCUUAUUUAUGUGAAAGUGACUCUUAUGGAGCAGUGGGAGAAUUCUCUUCAUGGACUAGAUAAAAAUCGAGAAUCAGUAAUAUUUGGUGUUGAUAUUCGAAAAGUUGUGGAGAAAGAAAAUGUAGGAUUGAUGGUGCCACUUCUGAUACAGAAAUGUAUUAUGGAAAUUGAAAAAAGAGGCUGUCAGGUAGUAGGCCUGUAUCGAUUAUGUGGUUCCGCAGCAGUCAAGAAAGAACUUCGAGAGGCUUUUGAGAGGGAUAGCAAAGCUGUUGGUCUGUGUGAAAAUCAAUACCCAGAUAUAAAUGUAAUAACAGGUGUUCUUAAGGAUUACCUUAGAGAACUUCCUUCUCCUCUGAUAACAAAGCAGCUUUAUGAGGCUGUAUUAGAGGCAAUGGCAAAAAGUCCUUUGAAAAUGUCAUCAAAUGGUUGUGAGAAUGACCCAAGUGACUCCAAGUCCACUGUUGACCUGCUGGAUCAUCUGCCAGAUGUUGAGAAGGCAACCCUAAAGAUGUUAUUGGAUCACUUGAAACUGGUGGCUUCUUUCCAUGAAGUGAAUAAGAUGACCUGCCAGAAUUUGGCCGUGUGCUUUGGACCAGUAUUAUUAAGUCAGAGGCAGGAGACCCUCACCCACAACAACAGAGUCUUCACUGAUUCAGAAGAGCUUGCAAGUGCUUUGGAUUUUAAAAAACAUAUUGAAGUUCUUCAUUACUUACUCCAGCUUUGGCCAGUGCAACGUUUAACUGCCAAAGAAUCACCUGACAGUUUGUUCCCAGAGCAGACGUCUUCUCUGAAUUAUUUGAGGCGGAAGAAAGAACGACCUUACAUGCUGAAUCUGAGUGGCACUGAUUCAUCCGGAGUACUCAGGCCAAGGCAAACCAGAUUAGACAGUCCACUUAGCAAUCGCUACGCAGGAGACUGGAGCAGCUGUGGAGAAAGCUACUUUUUAAAUACAAAAGAAAAUUUAAGUGAUGUGGAUUAUGAUGAUGUGCCUUCAGAUUACAGAGAAAAUGCAGAUUACAGCAAAAUGGAUGGACCAGAAAUAAUGAUUGAACAGCCAAUUCCCAUGUCCAGAGAGUGUACAUUUCAGACAUAUUUGACAGUGCAAACAAUUGAGUCCACAGUGGAUCGAAAAGUCAACCUCAAAGAUCUACAAGAAAGUAUUGAUAUUUUGAUUGGCAAUCUGGAACGUGAACUCAACAAGAACAAGCUUAAUAUAAGUGUUUGAGAUUAAAGGAGCUUUAUUUAUUUAUUUUAAAAAUAAUAUCUUAAAAUUUCAAAUCAGUUUUUCCUUAAGCUUCCUACAGUGAUGUUUUAUUUUUUUUUUUACUCUUGAAGCCUUCAGUUAACUUCUACUAAAUUAAUGUGAUUCAAUCAGAAAAAAGCUAUUCAUUGAUAUGAUUUUUGCUUACUAGAAAAUUGUUCUGAGGGUAGAGAUAACAGGGACAUGUUGGGAUCUUGUAGUGAUCUUGCCAACUCUGUGGAGCUAAGUUUCACACGCACUUACAAGCAAACACGUAAGUCAUUGGCCCAUCCAGGCUGCUGGUCUUCAGAGGAACUGCUCUUCUGUAGCCGAACCGCGUUCCCUUCAGAGCAGCUGCUUCACCUGACUUGCAGUCUGAGUCCUGGUCACAGCAACAUUGUUUGGUCACAUUUCAUUUGCAAUGCAAAUGCUGCUAUUAGAAAACAUUUUUAUAAAUAAGAGUGAAAUUAUGCAACUAUUAAUGUAUUCUGUAUUAACAUUCAGUAAUUAUUUAAGCUUAUAAAAUAAAUAUUUUUAUAAUCCUGAAAAUAUGUAUAUAACUUAUAAGUGCAUUUAUAUAUAGGUACUAGAAUGGGAGAAGGGACUGUAGAAUCACAUGUAUUUUUGAAGUAUAUAUGUCACGAGGCCAAAAUUACUGGUUUAAAAUGUCUUUUUGGACAUUUAAGUUAAAGAAGAUUUACAUUAAAACACCUGGGCAAAAAGCAUUCUAGAAGCAUCUUAAUAAAAAUGAUAAGCUUUGAGUAACAAAGUCACAAUAUCAGCUGUGAAAAGUCAUCUUUUAAGUUGAAAUCCUCUUACUCCUUAAGGUACUAAGUGCACAGAUGCCUGCACUGGUGACCUAGAUUUUAAAAAACCAUCUAUUCUCUGCAUUUUUGUAUUCUGUUUUAAGUAUUUAUUUGUAGUAGCAAGUUCAUACUUUGAGUUUCUAAUUCUCCCCACUUGUUUCCAAAGAAACCAUCUUGCCAGAAUACUGUGUUACUGAUUUUUAAAAAUUAACUUAUUUUGGCUAAGUGUGAUAGUCAUUGUAGCAAUCGUAGCGGAGUUUGAAAAUGUAAAUUUAGGAGACUCUUAAGUUGAAAUGUAUUUUUUUAACUUUUAUAAUAAACUACAGACUAUGUAAUUUAAAAAUUAUAAAUAAAAUUUAAAUCACCAACUUUAAGAUGUAGCAGCCAUUUACAAAACUGACAUCCUGAUAUUUUUUCUAAAUAUUAAAGUAUUUAACUAUUUCUAUGCAAUAUACAUUGGUAAGCAGAAUACCUUUUUAUUUAAUUCGAAAGUCCAUUCAUAAAAAUAUUUUAUAUGAAAUUUUCAUCUUCUUAAAUCUUUUGUAGCAUUCAGGAGAAAACCAAAAUAAUAUGUGUCACCUAUAUGUAUUGGUAAAUAGGCAAAAGAAAGUACUUUUAAAUGUUUUGUAAAAAAACCGUUUUCUCCCUUUUAUUUACUCUAUCAUGUGUAAUGUAUGAUAUGAAUAAGUUGUUCCAGAAAUGUAAACACUUUGUUAAAAUAUUAUAAUUUUGAUAAAGCUAUUAAUUAUAAUGAUUAAGGACCACUUAUUUUAAUAUUCUUCUUAAACAAAGGUGUUAAAGUAUUGUGCCAUCAUGGAUUAUCCUUAAAUAUAUGUUUUAACCUUUAUUUGUCCAAAAUUGAAUUUUACAGAAUCUGAAACACUUUGAAGUCCAUGUUGUGUUAUUGUGUUAUCAUGCCAUUUUGGGUAGGAGUCAUCCUGAAGUUAAUCUCUGCCGUCUUAGAGAAUUCUGGACAUGUGGGUUGUCUAAAUCACCGUCAUUACUGUAAACGUCUUUUAUGGUCUCUGCUGCAUCCAGAAGUGCUGAGUAGCUUCAAGUGCCUUUACUUUAAAUCCUUUUUUGAGUCCCUAAUUUCCUGGGAUCUUCCUACCCUUGACUGUCAACUGUCAUACCCUCUGAGCCUAUCAGCUCUAAUGUGUAUAGGACAGAAAAAAAUGUUAACUUUGGUGCAUGUACCUGGAUGCAAGUUCCAGUCAGUUCAGGUGGGUGGGAUAGAGAGUGAAUGCACUCCUCCCUGCCAUCCACAGCGGUCCUCCUGCUCGGAGGUAACAGCGUGCUUAUUGCUGCAGUGUCUUCAUUUGUCAUUUAAGCAGAUCUGUUGACUGUCCGUUAUGAGCCAGCAACUAAUGCCCUUCCUUCUCACCAUUGUUGUUAGUUACAUUUUAAAUUAUUUUUGGCUUCCUUUAUAAUUUUUAGUUUUUGAGAAACUGCAUAUGACUCACAUUUUUCCUACAUGUAUUGAUUCUAAAACCUGCAAAAUAGGUACUAGCAGUUGGGCGGGAUCAUGUGAAGUAUUCAGGGUAAACCAGGUGAUUCGUCUUCUUGUAUGCAUCCAUCUCAUAUCCUGUAGGCUGUGCUGAUUUAAGCAGAAUAUUCCAGCUUAGCGUUCAAAUGGAUUCUUUUUUCUUACAGCCACUAACUUCUCCAAAUCAUGCCCUGUGCUUUUUGCUUCAUAAUUGAGUUAUGGCUAUUGCAGAUUUUAAUUUUUCCUGGAGUAUACAAUUGUUUUGUAAAGCUUCUUGAUUGAAGAAAAUGCUUGAUUUAUGGUAACUUUUAAAAAUCAUACUGAGGCCGGCGCUAAUCCUCCUCCUGCGGUGCCGGCACACCGGGUUCUAGUCCUGAUCGGGGCACCGGUUCUGUCCCGGUUGCUCCUCUUCCAAUCCAGCUCUAUGCUGUGGCCCAGGUCCUUGGGCCCUGCACCCAAUGGGAGACCAGGAGAAGCACCUGGCUCCUGGCUUCGGAUCAGCACGGUGCACCGGCCGCAGCGCGCCAGCCGCAGCAGCCAUUGUGGGGGUGAACCAAUGGAAAAGGAAGACCUUUCUGUCUGUCUCUCACUGUCCACUCUGCCUGUCAAAAAAUAAUAAUAAAAAAUUUUAAAAAAUAAAAAUCAUACUGAAUUGAAUUACCAAAUUUGUUAGAGUACUUUUAAGCCCUUUUUCUAGGAUUGCUGAAUUUUGUACUGUCUUUCCUUUUCUUUUUUUUCAAAGAUUUAUUUAUUUAUUUGAAAGAGUCACAGAGAGGGAGGGACAGAGAGAGAUCAUCCAUCCACUGGCUCAUUCCCAAAUGGCUGCAAUAGCUGGGACUGAGCCUUGCUUAAGCCAGGAGCCAAGACCUUCACCUGGAUCUCCCAUGUGGGCAGCAAGGGCCCAGGUGCCAGAGCCAUCCUCCCCUGCUUUUCCUAAGACAUUAGCAGGGAACCAAUUUGGAAGUGGAACAGCCAGGAUGUGUACUGGCACCCAUAUGGGAUGCCAGCUUUGCAGCUGGCGGCUUGACCCACUAUGCCACAAUGCUGGCCCCCUUUAUUUUUCUUGACAGAAGAAAAAUACAUUCUUCACUUUAACCUGAGAUCAGGUUAUACAUCUUAACCACCUCACUUUAUUUGAGAGGAAGAGGCAGAGAGAGAGAGAAAGGUCUUCCAUCCACUAGUUCACUCCCCAAAUGGCUACAACAGCCAGAGCUUGGCCGAUCUGAAGCCAGGAGCCUGGAGCUUCUUCCGGGUCUCCCAUGUGGGUGCAGGGACCCAAGGGCUUGGGCCAUCUUGUACUGCUUUCCCAGGCCAUAGCAGAGAGCUGGAUGGAAAGUGGAGCAUCUGGGACUUGAACCAGUGCCUGUAUGGGAUGCUGGCACUGCAGGCAGCAGCUUUACCCACUAUGCCACCACGCCAGCCCCUGAAUUUAUUUCUUGGUUAGCGUAUUUACAAGUGUUUUGCCCCCAGAAUUGUUAUAUGGAAGAUACACUUUGUGUCUUCAUAUGUGUGGAAAGAGCAUGAUUUCUUCAUGCUUCAUUUUGAUUGAGCCUACAGUUCUGUGUUCAAACUGAUUUUCCUUACAGGUUAGAAGACAUUUCACUGUCAUCAUCAGGUAUCCAUUUUUACAUAAUCCAGGCUAGAUAGAUAGUUGUUCAGACUAGAGGAGAAGCAAUAAAUGUCAUAAAUGGAUUCCGGGUCUAUUUUUCUUUUAUUUUUUGUUUAUUUUAUUUGAAGAGCAGGGAGAGAGAGUUUCCAUCUGCUGGUUCACUCCCCAAAUGCCUGGCAUUGGGCCAUGCCAUCCAGGACCCUGGAACUCCAUUUGAGUCUACCAUGUGGGUGUAGGGGCCCAGCUACUUAGGCCAUCACCUACAACUUCACAGGGUACAUGUUAGCAGCAAGCUAACAGGAGUGGUUCAAGCUAACAGGAUCAAGAGUGGAGCUGGGACUCAAACCCAAGCACUCCAAUAUGGUAUGUGGGUGCCCAAGUGGCAUUUUAACUACCAGGAAAACACCUGCCCCUGUGGGUAUAUUUUGAAGUAGAAGCCAAAGGAAUAUGCCAGUGGACUAUGAAGUGCAUAGGGUCUGAGCAGCUGAAGGAGGGAGUUGUCGUAGAAUGAAGUUGAAAUCACUCCAUAUUUUUAAGAUGUGUUCCUAGGGGUCAGCACUGUGGCUCAGUGGGUUAAGCAGCUGCUUGUGUUGCUCACAUGCUGUAUCAGAGUUCCAGUCUGAGUCCUAGCUGCCCUGCUUCUGAUCCAGCUCCCUGCUGGAUGUACUUGGGAAGGCAGCAGUUGAUGGUACAAGUAGAUGAACCCCUGCCACCCACUGGGAAGACCUGGAUGAAGUUCCUGGCUUCUGGCUUUGGUCUGGCCCAGGCAUGGCUGUUGCUGCCAUGUGGGGAGUGAACCAGUGAAUAAAAGAUUGAUUCAUUCUCUCUCUUUCUCUCUCUGCCUUUCAAGUAAAUAAAUCUGCCUUUUAAAUCAAUACAUCCUUAAAAAUAUAAAAAUAAAAGAGUUCCUUUUAUUGGAUGUUAGUAUUAUUAAAAUAGUAGUUACCAAAAUGCCUUACAGUUUCCUGCUGGUACACUAGUAUUUCUGUAACUGGUAAUGCUGUGCAGAGUCACUGCUGGAGUAACAAAGCAAGAAGACUUCAUGCAUGUUGAAGUAAAGUCUCACAUAAUAGCUGGUUUGGGAACUUUUCAGAUUGUGUUAGCUUUAUGUUAGGGACCCUAAAGAAACCAGGUGCAGCACAGGUACUGUUUCUGAAAAGAAUUUUAUUUGCAGAACACAGAUGACAUUGAAGGUUAGGAUUUGAUAAUUUAAAGUGCCAAAUUUCGAGCACUUCAAUAUAAUAAAGUAGUAUUAUGUCUAAUCAUAACAAGUCCUAAUUUGGAUCUUCCUGGCCUGAGGCCUGUGCUAACAAAAGAAAAUGCCAUUUCCCCUGCCCAGUUUUCAUGUUGACUUCAGUAAGGCUCACAUCUGAUAAGCAGUUUAAGGCUACAACAAAGAGUUCUUGGCUGCAUUCUAACUUAGCCAAAGACUGACUGGCAAACUCAGAAACUUUUUUUUUUUAAUUUAAAUAAUGCAUCAGAGGAAAGAAAGGUUUUAGGGUGCUAAUUUUUUUCUUUUUAAUAUCUUGAUACAGGUGAUGGUUACAUACUUAGUGUUUGUGCCCCUUAUAUGAGUCAUACUUUAUUUUUUAAAGUCAGUUUUUAAGAAAUAGGCAAGCU